AUGGCCACGACCAACUGGGUGCUCGCAGUGCCUGACCAAGAGAGACUAGUCAAGGCUGCCUUUGAGGGUACGUCCCGGAUCCUGGCCACCGCUAUCGCUGCUCAUCUAGCCACUCUUCGCCCUCUGCACACGCAUGUUUCUAACCACAUCUUAGCAAAGGAGUUUGCCUAUUGCAAGUACUCGAAGUUCCGAGUAGGCGCCGCGCUGCUCUCGGCGGGCGGGGAGAUUAUCAAGGGUGCCAACGUUGAGAAUGCCUCGUAUGGGGGCACCAUCUGCGCGGAGCGAACGGCGAUCGUCAAGGCUGUGAGCGAGGGCACACGCGCGUUCAUUGGGCUCGCCGUGGUCACAGACGUCUCGAGCCCCAUUUCUCCGUGCGGAAUGUGUCGCCAGGUCCUCCGCGAGUUCUGCACGCUCGACAUGCCAAUCUACAUGGUCCCCGGUGACUAUGACGAGCGAGUCGCACAGGGAAUCUUAGACGGUGGUGUGCAGGAGACGAGCCUGCGCGAGCUGCUUCCGUAUAGCUUUGGCCCGGAAGAUCUCGAGCUCCCUCGAAAGUAG